GCUGCGGGUUUGUAAUGCAAAUUGUUUUGCUGUGGAGAAUAAACAUAGUGUGUGCAGUUUUGCGGGAAUCAAGCUAAAAAUACCAGAACGAAAUCGGAAAAAAAUUGCCUGAGUUGGUGCCGAAUCAAGUGCGUUCGCCAUACAAAAAAAAAAAAAAAAACAAAAUAAAAUAAAAUAAAAUAAAAUCUACGCCGAUACCUCCAAAUACCCGAAGGGGGGAAAGUAUUUUUUAUAAAUAAUUAAUUCUCUUUCAAUUUGUCAAUAAAUUCGAACCAAAGCGACAAACGAAUUUUCAGUUAACGAUUAGCAAAGCGGUUGUACAAACGUUCGUCGGAACGGACAGGCUACCGUUGUCUAGGAGACGCGAGUGAUUUUUCAAAUAUAAUCCUUGUGCCAGGAUAAUAGCGUAAUAACAAUUAAAAAUAAUUUAAACUAAAACUCUUUGUAGUGUCUCCUACACACACACACAUACACACACACACGCAACUGUACAUAAAUCAUAUUUGAAAAAUGGGUGAUCCUAUCAGUUUCUCCAUCGAAGAAAUGGAACAGGUACGAAGUGUAAAACGACGCCGUCGUACCAGCGCUGCCCGCAAAGCUUCCGUUAUACGUCCACCAUCUCCACCAAAAAUUGAAUCGGAGGCCAUGGCAGUAAUCAAUGAAAUAUUUAAUCCAACAUUUAAGAAACCUCAGACCCAAGGACAUUAUCGCGCGCCAGAUGAAGUAACGGCUGAUGAUGUGGAAGCAUUGAAGGAUUUAGACAUAAGCAAAUUGGCCGAAUUGAAAGAAGUGUUUUUGUUGCUCGACUUGGAUAGCGAUGGUUUGAUAUCGAAGGAUGAUUUACGAUUCACUUUUAUGGCGCUCGGCUCUGACACGCCAGACGAGCUGAUCGAGGAUAUGUUAAAAGAGGCAAAGGAUCCUUUGGAUUACGAAGCUUUCAUUGAGUUAAUGAGCCAUCGUACUGUUGAAUUGGACCCAGAAGAUGUGCUAUUGGAGGCGUGGAGUAAGUGGGAUGAUUAUGGCACAGGCAAAAUUGAGGAGAAAAGAAUGUUGGAAGAGCUUACCAAUUACGGUGAUGUUAUGACGACCGCUGAGGCCAAUGAAGCGCUAAAGUAUGCACCCAUAGCCAAAGCAAAGACACUCGAGGAGCCACCAAUGAUUGACUAUCCAGCCUUUUGUCGUAUCCUGUGCGGCUUGCGAAAGGGAAAACCGAGGACAGUGGACGAAUGAAGGAAUAAGAAGAAACGAACACAAAUACAUACAUAUCUAUAACAUUAUUUAUUACCGCUGCUGAACGACCCAAUUGUGCAUAUGUACAUAUAUAUAAUAUUACAUACAUAUGUAGAAAUUCAUAUCAAUAAGCUUACUUUAGCUAUAUACUUACAUACAUACAUAUACAUAUGUACAUGUGUGUGCAGUUUUCAGAUAUUUUAUUGUGAAUACCGUGUAAAGUGACAUUUUUAUUGCACAAAAAUUUUUUAUUUCAAUUUUUGUUCGAAUUUUUUCUGUUUGAAAAUAUAAUAAAUCAAAAGUGGUUGGUACGAAGACACGCAGAAUCAAAUGCGCUGUGAGC